CCCUCUCCCCGAUCAAUGGUGGGAUCCUCCGUCGUGUACACGUCCUGCAGGCCGCACGCACGCGCAUCCUUCCUUCACCACCCAGCCGACCAGGCCCAUCUCGGUGACAAGCCCGGGCUGCUCCCCGACGGCAGCGGUGAUGGCAACUCCUCUCGUCUGAAAGGGUGCGGGGAGAGGUGUGUGGGCGCCGAGAUGUUUGCGACGCGGCGCGGUGGGCAGCGAAGAAGGGGAAGCCCAAGAUGCCGCCGAUCGAGCUCACGACGGCGCCGGAGCAGGCACAGUCCAUCACCCGCACCAUCUUCAAUGUCGUCAAGGAGCACGGGCCCCUCACCAUCUCCGACGUUUGGGAGCACGUCAAGGACGUAGGCCUGAGAGGUUUGACAAGCAAGAGGCAGAUGAAGAUCAUGCUGCGGUGGAUGAGGGAGAAGCAGAAGCUCAGGCUCAUUUGUGACCAUGACGGGCCUCACAAGCAAUUCCUCUACACGACAUGGUUCACCAACCCCAAGAAUGCGCCACAGAGGCCCAAGAGGGAGCUCAACAGGGAGAGCCUAGUGGCGGCGUGGACGAAACGGAGGAAGCGGUGUACGAGGUGGUGCUGCGGCAGGCCGCGAAUGGUGGAGGACGUGUAGGGGCCGGAGAGCAAGGCGUGGCACACGGGGCUGGUAGUGAUGCAGGUAGUGGACACCGUGAGGAUCCCGCUGCUGGCGGUCCGCCACGGCAUGCCAGGCGGUAGGGUCGAGCGGUACUCCCUGGUGCUGUCCGACGGCCUGCACACAAUGGAGAUCAAGCUCAUCACGCCCCUAAGGCAUCUCGUCAGGGACGGCUGUGUCCGCCGGGCCUCCGUCGUGCGCCUCCUCUGCUACUGCAGCAU